AUGAUGAGCGGCAGAUCGGGCGGGAGGGACGCCGAGGGCGAGUGGGAGGUCCGGCCCGGCGGGAUGCUGGUGCAGCGCAGGGACGGCGAGGUGCCCGGCCCCGUCAUCAGGAUCAGGGUCUCCCACGGCGCCAACUUCCGCGAGGUCGUCGUGCCGGCGCAGGCUACCUUCGGUGAGUUGAAGAGUAUCCUUGUUCAGACUACUGGCUUGGAGCCUGAGAGGCAGAGGCUCUUCUUCCGUGGGAAGGAGAAGAAUGACAGAGAGUUCCUGCACACGGCAGGUGUUAAGGAUGGAGCAAAACUGCUUCUGCUUGAGAAGCCUGCCCCUGCCAACAUAGAGCAGAAGGUUGAGCCUGUGAUUAUGGAUGAGAACAUGAUGAAGGCAUGUGAGGCUGUUGCUCGUGUUAGAGCUGAAGUUGAUAAGCUGUCUGCUAAGGUGUGUGACUUGGAGAAAAAUGUGCUUGGAGGGAGAAAGGUUGAGGAUAAAGAAUUUGUCGUCUUGACGGAGCUGCUUAUGAUGCAGCUGCUGAAACUCGAUGGCAUCGAAGCUGAAGGAGAAGCAAGGGCACAGAGGAAGGCUGAGGUGCGCCGUGUUCAGUCCCUUGUGGAGACCUUGGAUAAGCUGAAAGCAAGAAAUGCAAACCCCUUCAGUGAUCAUAAUAAAGCUGUUUCAGUGACAACGCAGUGGGAGACGUUUGAGAACGGCAUGGGCAGCUUGAGCGCUCCGCCGCCCCGUGUUUCUUCGACGCAAGUUAACACUGACUGGGAGCAGUUCGACUAG